CAAGUCUCCUCCUCCUCCUCCUCCUCCCCGAGCUGCCGCUUUGGCGCCAAAUUGUAAAGCGGACGUGUCCAGCAUGGAGCCGGCGUUUCCCCGGGGCCGUGACGUUGUCCCUGCCUCAGACGGCAGCGAGAUGAAUGGUGGGGGUCAGACGCAGGCGAGCUGCCUGAAUGGGUAUGGCUGUGAAACACCCUGUAAAAAACGUGAUGACUAUUUGGAGUGGCCUGAAUAUUUCAUGGCUGUAGCUUUCUUGUCGGCACAAAGAAGCAAAGAUCCAAAUUCUCAGGUUGGUGCAUGUAUUGUGAAUUCAGAAAACAAGAUUGUUGGGAUUGGAUACAACGGCAUGCCUAAUGGAUGCAGUGAUGACUUGCUACCUUGGACCAGAACAGCAGAUAGUAAACUUGACACAAAAUAUCCAUAUGUGUGUCACGCUGAACUGAACGCCAUAAUGAACAAGAACUCUGCUGAUGUGAAAGGCUGCAGCAUGUAUGUUGCCUUGUUUCCGUGUAAUGAAUGUGCAAAGCUCAUCAUCCAGGCAGGUAUAAAAGAAGUAAUUUUUAUGUCUGACAAAUAUCACGAUACUGUGGAGAUGACAGCUGCACGACGCUUGUUUGAUUUAGCUGGAAUUAUAUACAGGAAAUUCAAACCUAAGUGCAGUAAGAUAGUCAUUGAUUUUGAUUCAAUUAACAGCAGACCGUGUCAAAAGCCUCUGUGAGUUACAUCUAAUUAAAUCUCUAGAAGAUUGUGAUUAUCCUUUUCUUAGAAGCUGCUAAUGCCUUUCAUCUUGAAGUUUGGCAUAACUUUUUAAUAGCCCACUACAGUUGUAAGUAGACAUCUAAGGAAUAUGUCAGGCCCAGAAAAUUUUUGUCCUCCUUGCCAUAUGUUUUAAGCUUUGACUUCCUGGAGUUUCCCAAAUCUUUUCUAAAUGGAACCUAUAGGUGAGGUCUGGACUUGUGUAUGAACAAUAGGAAAGGUGUGUUCACUGUGCCAACAUCUGAUCUGAAUGAAGAGAACCAAAGUCACAAGCAAUAACCUAUGAAUAUUGGCUCGAUCAAGAAAGCUGCUGGAUAGCUUGUGUGGUGACGUGUAACUGUAGGGAUGCAUCUACCAGCCUAGCAGGUCUGCACAAAGCACAAACUAUUGAAAAUGUCAUUUUUCAAGCAAUAUGGCUAGAUGUCUCUAUAACAGUCAAAAUAUUGUGUUGUGUGAAAUCCAUACUGGUACAUUACACCUUGAUAUUUUACCAGAUGUUCAUCUCUUUAAUUGCUUCUCCUGUUGCAGUGUAGCGUGUGAGCAUGUGUUCAAUUAUGUUUGAAGAAUGUUUUGUAUUGGAUGUAGUUUCAGAGUAGCUUUAAUUCCUUUCCCCCCAAGAUACCUUCCAUUUAGCAGAGGAUAAGUGCAUAAAUCAUUAGGCUUUCACCUAUGGGACUCUGUUUGGAACUGAUUUUAAUGUCUAAAAGGAGACACAUUUAUUGGUCUAAAUCUCUACUAGACAAUCCAGCACAUUACAAUUCUGGGAUCAGCCUCUAAGGUAACUUAAUCACUGCUUCCCCUCUAAGGGAUAUGAGGAGAUUCAGUCCGCACUGAGGUUGAACAUGCCAAAUGUCAUAAUUAUGGUUUUAGCUUGCUUUUAGUUGUUAAAAACUGGCCCUGUGCCAUAAGUUCUGGAAACAGGCUAAAACUAUCAAGGGCUUUCAAUAUCUCCCCUUCUAUUUGAUUUUGGGAGGGAAUGCCUAAUUGUGCAUGUUUAGAAAAUGUUUCCAACCCCAAAGGUAUUCAUGUUUUUUAAACAUUGUGAUGUUUUCCUGGACUCUUAUUUUCUAUGUUGAAACCAUUCUGUAGAUUAAGACAUUGUGUAAUUUGGCUUGCCACCAGUAUUAUUAAAGUCUUAUUAAAAUCCUA